AUGUGCUGCGGGGUCGCUCGGGAGUCGCUCCGACUCGGGGCGGCGCUGACGCUGGCGCAGGAGACGGCCAUGCGGCGCGUCCGCUCGCGGGCGGCGGAGUUUGCCCAGCAGCCCUUCGACAUCGUGUUCGUCGCCUCUUUGGCCGACGCGGUCGCGACCUCGUCAGUGGACUGCAGCGGGGGGCCCCUGACGCGCGCGCCCCCUUGCGUCCUCGCGGAGCUGGCCCCGGGCUUGCCGAAGAGAGGGCACGCGGCGACCCUGAACGCGAUCGACUUCGUUGACGACGAGGCGGCGCGCUGGCUGGCCGACCCCGCGCCGGCGCGGGCCAACGUCGGCUCGCAGUUCGAAUGGGGGGCCCUGGCGAUGCACCGCGUGGACCUCGGGGUCUUCACCGUGCUUCCCGCCGAGGAGCUGGUCCACGUCCGCGGCGAGCCUCUGCUGAACGGGCUCUUCGCCGUGGAGAAGAAGGGCGCGCCUGGGCCCGGGGCCAGCCGCGUCGCGAGGCCCAGCCUGAACAUGGCGCCGGGCAACGCGCUCAUCGAGCCCAUCGUGGGGGAGGCGGCCAUGCUUGCUGGAUCCACGAGCUGGGCGGAGUGGCGCAAGGGCGCGCCGCGGCCCGUCGCCGCUACUGCGGAGGAACGGGGCGCAGCAUGGCGGCAGGUCUACAUCGACGACUUCGACGCGCCCGAGAUCGUGGAGGAGGUGCGCGCCAGGCGCCUGAUAGGGUUGCUGGCGGAGAUGCAGGUCAGAGCGCGAGCCAGCUACGACAGGGCUGGCGUCGCCUACUCGGCGGAGAAGGCUCGCUGCAGGCAGCUUCGUGUCGAGGGCGUGGGGGCCGACGUCGACGGCGAGUCGGGCCGACUGGCCGCCCCCUUGGCCAAGUCGCUCGAGGCGAUCGCGCUGUGCCUGGCUUCCUUCAGGCUCGAGGCCGUGCCGUGGCGGCUCGCGAUGACGAUCCUCGGGCGCUUCGUUGGGCUCUUCGAGUUUCGGAGGCCCUUCUUCAGCGUGCUCGGCGAGGCGGCGAUGCUCGAGGAGCUGCUGGCCGCCAUGCUGGUGAUGCCGAUGGCCGCGACCUCGCUGCUGGCCAAGAUCGAGGGCAUGGCCGCGGUCUCGGGCGCGUCCGAGUCCGGCGGGGGCGCCCGCGCGUCGGUGGGCCUCCGGGCCGAGGCGGAGGCCAGCCUCUGCAGCGCCUCGACGCUGGACGAGCAGAUGCACCUGGGGGCUCGCGUGCUGCAGCUGCCCGCAGAGCCCUCGGAGCCCUGGGCGGUCACCAACCCCCUCGUCCCGCGGGCCGUGGUUCUGAGGGCGCCCAAGGUGCUCCUCGUUGGCCUGUUCGACGGGAUUGGGGGCUCGGAGGUGGCUUUCCUGCGCUUGCCUGUGCGGGCCGUGGGCUACGUCGCGGCGGGGGCGGACGCCGAGGCGCGCAGGGUGGCGCGCCUGCGCAGGCCAGGCGCGAUCGACUGUGGCGACGUGGCGCGAGUGACGGCCGCUGUCGUGAACGAGCUGCGGGGCGCCUACUGCGACGAGGUCGGCAUCUUCGCGGCGGCCGCGGGCAGCCCCUGCCUUUACCUGGCCAGGCUGAACGCGUCGGGCGCGGGCUUGCGCGGCGCGAAGUCCAGCCUGUUCUACGAUGCGCCCCGCUUGCUGGUGCUCCUCAGAGCGGCGUUCGGCCACGGGCUGAAGUGGUUCGUCGAGAACUUCGCGAGCAUGACGGGGGGCGCGCCGGACUGA